CCAUCAAGUUCAACAACAUUGCCCCAUUGCCAAAAAAACUACGUUUUCUUUUGUCAAUAAAGAAAAAAAAAUCUAAAGUAUAAAAUCAUUAUCAUCUUCGACGAUCGUCGUCGAGGCCUUCAAGAAUACGAAAGGAUUUCUCUCUCGAAUCAUUUUAUUCAUAAAAUUUCAACUUGGCCGCGAAAUUUAUUCCGUAUUACUAUUUCUGCCAUUUUCACUAAUCAAAAAAGGUCUUGAUUAUAAUCAUCAUCAUCAUCAGUAUGCAUCGUGUUAGAUGAUGAUUUUUUGAUUCUCUACUCACUACGACAUCCAUUCUCGAAACAAAGUUGUUUACUUUUUUCAUCAUUUCUUUAUAGUCUGCUCUAUAGAAAAUUCACAGUUCAAUUGAAUGAUAUUUUGAUUUGAAAAAAAUGAAAUUGACAAUCACUACUUUGACCGAUUUGAUUAUUCAUCUUGAUGUGUCCGGUGAUAUGGAAUUGGAGAAUUUCAAAGCAUUAUGUUCAUUAGAAACAAAUAUUGAUUCAAUGAAUAUGUCAAUCUUUUUCAAUGGAAAACUUUUACAAGAAUCUAAUAAAACAUUGUCAUUUUAUGGUGUUCAAGAUGGUGAUAUGUUAUUGGUGAAAGAUGGACGUGGUGGCGGUGGUGGUCAAACAAUGAUGAAUAAUGCCGGUUUUCUUGGACAACAACAACAACAACAACAACAAUUACCUCAAUUAGAUUUUUCAUCCAUUCAAGUGCCCAAUCAUCUUGUUCAAAAUGAGCGGCGUGAAGCUGAAAAUAUUUUCGCUACACUUCGUUCGAAUCCAGAACAAGUGGCAACUUUACGAGUAAAUAAUCCACGUUUAGCUGAAGCAUUCGAUAAAGGAAUUGAAGAAUUUGCUAAAACGCUUCGUAUACAACAGGAAGCACGAGCCAAAGAAGAUCAACGUCGUAUCCGAAUGUUGUUGGCCGAUCCAUUUGAUUCGGAAGCCCAGCGAAUGAUUGCUGAAGAGAUACGACGACAACAAAUUGAUUCCAACAUGGAAACAGCUAUGGAAUAUUUGCCCGAAAGUUUUGCUGAAGUUGCCAUGUUAUACAUUAAUUGUAAGGUGAAUGGAUUUCCAAUCAAAGCUUUUGUCGAUUCCGGUGCACAAUCAACAAUCAUGAGUAAAGCAUGUGCCGAACGUUGUAAUAUUCUCCGAUUGAUUGAUAAUCGUUGGUCCGGUAUUGCACGUGGUGUUGGUACACAACGAAUUUUGGGCAAAAUUCAUCUUGUGCAAUUGGAAAUAAACGGCGUAUUUGUACCAUGUUCAUUCACUAUUCUUGAACAUCAACCAAUGGAUAUGUUACUUGGUUUAGAUAUGCUUCGUCGUUAUCAAUGUUCCAUUGAUCUCAAAUCAAAUGUUUUACGUAUCGGUACCACAGGAACGGAAACACCGUUUCUUUCUGAAAGUGAAAUACCGAAAUUUGCACGUUUAAAUAUGAAUGAAGAUUUAGCCCAGGAUGAUGUACAAAAAGCUAUACAAGAAUCAUUGAAAGAAUCAUCACCAAUGACGAAUAGUAGUGGUGGAUCAGCUCAAACUCCAUCCACUUCUGGCCAUCAAUCAAGGUCAGGUAGCAAUAGUAGUACUGGAUCACGUCAUUCAGAAGCAGAUAUCCAGGAAUUAGUAUCAAUGGGAUUCAAACGUGAACAGGUGAUUAUCGAAUUGGAUACAUUCAAUGGAGAUAAAAAUCAAGCAAUUGCAGCAUUGUUUGCCAAAUCGAUAAUUGUUCCGGAUAAUCUCAAAUGAUGAUGACGAUGACAAAAUAUUCAAAUUUUACUAAAAACUAUGACACACAAGUAGCCAAUAUAUUUCAUUAUAUUAUUAUAUUUAAUAAUUUUUUAAUGUAACAUAUUAUGAAUUAUGGAUUAAGGGUUCAAAAUUAAUUUUAUUGAAUUUCAUCCGAUUUAUUUUUCUUCUGCUAUUUUGAUACAAGAAGCCUAUUUUCUAAUGGAAUAAAAUGAUUCACAAGUUUA